GAGAGAAGCAACACUUCUGCAAACAUGACGAGUGUCGUAGUAAAGAUGCUGUGCCUUCUGCUCUGCGCAGUUUUCGCCUCGGCUGAUGUCAUGCCCAUGACUGACUUCGACCUGCAAAAGGUGGAAGGAAAGUGGUAUCUCGUUGGCUUUGCUACAAACGCAAAAUGGUUUGUCAGUCAUAAGGAUGACAUGAAGAUGGGAACUGCCAUGCUGGUGCCCACCCAGGAGGGAGACCUUGACCUCAGUUACUCUAACCUGAAGAGUGAUGGUUCCUGCUGGAGGAUGACUUACCUCGCCAAGAAAACCGAGACUCCUGGAAGAUUUGUCUUCUACAGCCAGCGUUGGGGAAAUGACAAUGACAUGCGCGUGGUUGACGCCAAGUUUGACGAGUACGCAAUUUUUCACACCAUCAAGACCAAAGGAGGAGUAUCUGAGAUCCUCAACAAACUCUACAGUCGCACUCCAGAAAUGGUCGAUGACUUGAAGGAGAAGUUCAGGCAGUUUUGUUUGGACACUGGCAUCCUUGAGGAAAACAUUGUCAUGCUUCCACAAAAUGGAGAAUGCUCAGUUGCCGCAUAAUCGCCUCAUCAAGCGAAGACAAAGACAGCUUCAGCUGGUCCAAUCAUUUCAGCCAAAAACAGAUCUGAAUUUACUGUCGGCUUGGUUUUGGUCUCUUUCACUUUGUAUGGAAACAUUCUUUGUGCCUUGAACAGUCAUGGUGUGCUCAUACUGAUUGACCAGUUUGCAACUACAGAGUAAUCAAAAGCAGAGGGGAGAGAAUGGCAAAGCAUUUCCUUACCAAAAAGAUGUUUUUUGAACUCAAGUUUUUCAUGUUCUAGACCGAUGUGUCAUGUUUUUAAGUGCCAAUGUUAGCUAACAUGUCUGAUCACCCAUUUCACACACCACCUGCAGGACUUUUAUAAGCUGUGCUUUUUAUCUUUGAUGGUUUUGUUUACUGCUGAUUGAUUAAAUUGGUUUACAAAAGUC